AUGUGCAAUUCUUGGCUCCUCAUAAUUGCGAUUACACUGGAAUGCUUAUGGAAUUCACAGCUGUCCGAAACAUCGAAAUCAUGCCCAGCCGAGUGCAUCUGCUUAUCACAGACACAAGUGCUAUGUAACACUGGCGGUCUGGAGCAGAUUCCAUUGCGUCAAUUACCCUCAACAGUGGAGAAUCUGGCGCUGACGAAAAACAAUUUCCCAGUCAUAAAACCGGACUCGUUCGCCGGUUUGCGCGCGUUAAAGAAGCUCUCACUGGACGGCAAUAAUAUUACACGUAUCAAGCAGUUCGCCUUUCGCGGCUUACCACGUCUCAAGGAACUAUCCAUACAAUAUACGCCAUUACAGACCGUCGCACAGUUCGCCUUCGCCGGCUUGCAGAACCUCUCCACAAUACUGCUGAGUCACAAUCAAAUUGCCACUAUCGAAGGUAAUGCCUUCGCGGGCACAUCGAAUGUCAAAUUGAUUUUACUCUCCAACAAUCCACUCAUACGCAUCGACAGCUCGGCCUUUUCGAGUCUCACGAAUGUUGGGCAUCUCAUUUUGCCCUCGGGCAUACGUACCAUCGAACCGGAUGCCUUCUUUGGCAUGGACACCGUGGGUUUGCUAAAGCUCGCGUACAUGGACUUGAAGGAGCUCUCACCGUACACAUUCCGUGGUCUAACGAACGUGCUACUGCUGACGUUGCAAGAGUCCGACUUGGGCAUUAUAUGCGCAGAUGCCUUUACGGGCCUUUCACAGGUCGAUAAACUGCAGAUACUCAACAACAAAAUCGAUUUGAUUGAAGAGCUUAACUUCACCUACACAGCGGACAUUAAACUGCUGAAGUUUCACGGUAAUCAUGUACUCGAAACACCCGACCCCAACUCAAUUAUCAUCGAUGGCGUCGCUCACUUGGAGUUGGUGAAUAAUCACUUCCCCUGCGGCUGUCACAUACACACGCUGCUGGAUGGGCCACUGGUCGAGGGCGCGCAUAAUCUCAGCGAAUUUCUACUGAAGAAUUAUUGCAUUUCACCGCUGGAUGUGAAUGGCCGUGCGAUGGCUGAACUGGACAUUGACUCGAUUGGUCGUUGCCAGGAUCAGCUGACGAAGGGCAAUCUCGGCUCGUCCGCGGCGUCAAUGGCGUUGAGUGUGAAUGUCACAUUGUUGAUUGCGGCCGCUACAAUUGAGCUUCGGCUGUUGCGCACCAUUUCGGAGCAAUUGUUAUUGUUGUGGCAGUAUCGUGCACGUGGCGCACGUGGUCGACGGCGAAAAUUUUGGCAUCUCGUCGGCAGAUGA